CUUCCUCCUUCCCACACAAACCUUCAAAACCUUGUUAUCGUGCCUACAGGAUCUUAUCAAUCGCAUAUCCUGUCCUUUUCUCUAUUGACUCGUUUUUCAUCCUGUCCAGGGCAUAGCAUCAUCCUUGCUGAAUUGGGUCCCCUGCGAUAUGCCCAUCAGUUUCUGACGUCGAUUCCCACCUCUACCAAGAAAAACCGCCGCCACGAUUCUCCCAAUUCGACGGGCAUACCAAUACCUUCACCCGACCCUCAAUUCGCUCAACAAUCACCUUCUUCGGGCGACCAACACACAUCUCUGGCCCAUCAUGAUUGCCACCGCCUCUCCCAUCAUCCGCAUUGACGGCAUCGUCAACCCCGCCGCAAACCCCGCCGAGCUGGCUAUCACCGAGGGCACUCCCUCAAUUGCCCCCUCCCUGACCUACUCGGACGAAUCCGAUGACCAAGAGGAUGAGCCCGUCAUCCCCCUCGAGCGCCGCCGCCGCGCAUCUACACGCCUGAUUGCCCAGAACGCCCGUGACAUCCAGCGAAUCACUGGAGAGUCGAGGGCCGAGUUUGUGGGACGCUGCUGUGGCGGCGCCUGCUGCAUGGGUGACAGGGCCAACGUCGAGUAUGAGGACGUUCCCCUGCCUGACAACGAUGCCUACAAGUCUCUUGGACUUCGACUUGGAAACAUUCCCGCUCAUUUGACUGGUGUCAUUGAGAUGCCUGAGAAGACUGUUUCUUUCACCUCAAUUCCCAGACCAGUCUCUUCUCCCACCGACUCGGCCAUCUCCCUCGGCUCUGACACUGAGCCAUCUUCCCCCACCACCAAGUUCCUCACCCCCGGACCUGGCUAUGAGGCCGUCGAUACCACAAUUCAGCCUCCUCAAUUCGUUCAACCUCAUCCUCCUCACCAUGUCUACCCUGCCAAGAUCCACAACACUCGCGAGUUGACCGGACCUGGUGCUGAGAAGCGCACCUACCACUUCGACCUUGACAUCACCGACUACCCUCCUGAAGAGGUUUUCGACUUCAGAGUCGGUGGUGCCAUUGGUGUCAUGGCGCCUAACGAUGAGAUCUCGGUCGAUGAGAUCCUUGACACUCUCAUGAUUCCUCGCUUCCAGCGAGACAAGCCCGUUCUCAUGAAGACCACCAAGGGUCGCUGGCCUACCGUCUGGGGUGACGAGAAGGCUCGUGAGCUCGUCACCACCCGCCGUGAGCUCCUCACUUGGACCACCGACAUUCAGUCAUAUGCCCCAACCAAGGAGCUUCUCCGCAUCAUUGCUGAGCACGCCUCGGCUGCCAAUGAGAAGAAGAUCCUCAUGUACCUCUGCUCGAACGAGGGAGCUAGCAUCUUCUCUGACUUCCGCGGUGGUCCCCACGUCACCCUCUCCCAGAUCCUCAACGCUUUCCCCAGCUCUCACCCUCCUCUGGACGAACUCCUCUCGAUCCAGCCUCAGCUCAUGCCCCGAUUCUACUCUCUAUCCAAUGACCCCACAGAGUCGUACGCCCUUCGUGAUCACUCUCAGCGCCGCCUGAUUGAGAUUGCCGUCACUGUCCAUGACUCUAUGGACUGGCGACGUGGUUGCCGUGCUGGUGUCGGCUCCGGCUUCUUUGAGCGUCAGGCUCACAAGUUUAUGCGAGCCCAGGCUGCCGGUGAGAAGGCUCCUCAGGUCUUCAUCCCCAUGUUCAAGGGUUUGAUGGCGAACCCCCUGGCCAAGCAGUUCAACUCUGACGGCCCCAUGCUUCUGAUCGGUGCUGGUGUUGGCAUUGCUCCCUUCCGAGGCUUUGUCCAGCGUCGUCUGAAGCAGGCAAACUGCGCCAACAAGGUCUGGGUCCUCCAGGGCAUUCGUGACUCACUCGUGGACGAGAUCUACAACGGCGAGUGGGGUGUCCACGAAGAGGAGGUCAAGCGCGUUGUGCAGAGCCGAGUCGGUACUGGCAAGUACGUGCAGGAGGAGGUGCGAAACCAGGCCGACCUCGUCUGGUACAUCAUCAACAACUCCAUCGACGGCCGCAUCUUUGUUUGCGGUAGCAGCAAGGGCAUGGGUGAGGGUGUUGAGGAGGCCCUCUGCGACGUCGCCAUGGAGAAGGGUAACCUCGAGCGCGAGGAGGCUCACAAGUUCUGGCAACUCAAGAAGGAUGAAGGCAGAUACAUUGCCGAGACAUGGUAGAUGUGUGCCUAUUGAGGUGGAAAUGACGACGACGAAACGAUCAAAAGAAACUCGAAAGGUUGUAUUGACGGGUGGACAAAACUUGUGUUUUCUACGCGAGGGGAUGAGCAUUGUACGAGAGGAGGGACAUGAGCCGACGCAUUCUAGAUGGCCGCGGCGCAAGCAAGAGGGAUAAGCAUUCUGCAUUUUGAGAUGAGAGGAGCAUUGGGAACAUUGGAACAAGGCGUUGAGAGGUUGAAGCAUUUUAUAUGGUUUUUGUUGUUAUUGUCUGUUGAGCGAAGGAAGAAGCCCAUGGGCACCUCGCAAGUGGACGGGUUUCUUGUAUGGAAAAUACCCCAGCGGCGAUUUGAGACGGACCAUGACCAUUAAGGACUUGCUCUGUCCAGGCUGGGAAGUUGAGUUGAAUGAUAUAUAUCUGUUCACU